GUCUUCUUUAUCCCAUCGGAAGCGUAUACGAUGCAAUUCCUGCGCAGCAAGCUAGCCGUCGUCUGCGCUCGAGGCUUUGAGAUCAUGAACCUCGACACACUGCUGCCAGGCACGGUUCCCGACUUUACCCGUAGCCCUCGCGAUGAUCCACGUAUCCUCGCCCUAGCCCGACGAGUAGAGACGGCCAAGCCGCUUGGGAUGUUCAAGCUGCCAGACGGCGAGUCGUUCCUGCUCUGCUACGACGCCUUUGCCUGCUACGUGGACCGCGGUGGAGAGCCGAUUCGGCUGGACAAUAUCGUCGAGUGGGAGGGCUCGCCGGCGUCGGUGGCCUUCUCCUCUCCUUAUAUCCUCGGCAUGGACUCACGGUUCGUAGAAAUCCGCGAGGCGGCUACGGGUCGACUGGUGCAGGUGAUCCGCGGCCACGACGUCAGGUACGUCUCGGCAUGCAGCGUCGUCGAGGGUUCCCUCGAGGCGGAGCCUAGCAUCAUCUGUGUACAGCGCAGAAGAGCACCUCAGGGCAAAGGCUUCUACGAUGAGCAAGUCGUCUUUGAGCUGGUGCAGACAAAUCCUGCUUCUGUCAGCGUUGCUGCAGAGGGUCGAAGGGAGCCUUUCAAGCUGAGACAGGCAGUGGAAAUGGGAGCGGCGGCGGAGCAGCAGCAACGCAUGAUGCAGCGAGCUAAUCUACAACGAGCAGAUACGAAUGCGACGGCCUUUACGAGCACGAGUAACGGGAGUAGCGGAGCAUUGUCCUAUUCUAGCACCAUGAGUAGUACACGCAGUGGAGCUGGAGGUGGCGGGGGAGCGGGCAGAGCAGGGAUGGGUCAAAGGAGCGUGACGGGUAGUCCCUCGAGCGCCUUUGCUCAGCGGACACCGACGAUGCGUGCUCAAGGCUCGAGGGGGGCCCUGCCGGGGUCUUCUGCCCCCGCUCCUGCAGGAUGGAUCUGAUCUGAUGGGAUGGAAUAGAGGAUGGGAAAGGCAUACACUGCUGGCUGGCUGGACGAGUGUUGUAAAAUCUCUCUGAAUUGUGUACUAUUGAUGUCCUUUCACCUUCGAUGAGCGAGCAAGCAAGAGCGUGGAAAAAAAAA